UUUCUAGUUUAUUUAGCUAACGUAGAUGAAUGGUUUUGUACAUCAUGUCAAACAGGCGAAGGAGGACCAGGAAAUUAUGUGGCCAGCGGGUACAGCGCGUAUGAAGAGGAAAAUGAACACUUACAAGAGGGUCUGAGAGCCAAAGUCAGCGCCUUGAAACAUCUGUCAAUAGAUAUUGGAACCGAAGUGAAGUACCAGAACAAAAUGUUGGAUGAUAUGGACUCAGACUUUGACUCAACAGGUGGUUUGCUGGGGGCCACCAUAGGGAGAGUGAAGCAGCUUUCCAGGGGAAGCCAGACCAAGCUCCUGUGCUACAUGCUGCUCUUCUGCCUCUUCGUCUUUAACCUCCUCUACUGGUUUAUCAAACUGAGGUGAUGCUUUUCCCUCCCUGCCUCCUUCCACUGUCUGUGCCAUAAGUCCGCCACUGGAUCAGAAGACCAGGAUGAUGAUGAUGAUGAUAAUCAUCAAAUCAAAUGUUAAAAUGUAAUUGUCACACACCGAAUACAAGUGUAGACCUUACUUACGAGCCCUUAACCAACAGUGUGGCAAUGACAAUAGGGGUAAUAAUGCAUGGCUGUCAUUCAUUUUAGACAGCCCUGAUGGAAUGAAUAGACACCGCCAUACGUUCACGAUUGUGACAAUGUCCAUUAACAAUGAGGUAUAUUCUAGGUUAAUUUGUAACUGAGUGAUCUAGUUCAUCAGCAAUCUGGUAAGGCUAAGCAAUAACAUACAGUGCAUUCGGGAAGUAUUCAGACCCUUGACUUUUUCCACAUUUUGUUACGUUACAGCAUUCUAAAAUUGAUUAAAUAGUUUUUUUCAUCAAUCUGAACUCUAUCCCACAAAGCAAAAACGGGUUUAGACAUUUUUGCAAAUUCAAUAAAACAACAGAUUACAUUUACAUAAAUAUUCAGACCCUUUACUCAGUACUUUGAAGCACCUUUGGCAGCAAUUACAGCCUGGAGUCUUCUUGGUAUGACUCUACAAGCUUGGCACACCUGUAUUUGGGGAGUUUCUCACAUUCUUCUCUGCAGAUCCUCUCAAGCUCUUGUCAGGUUGAAUGGGGAGCAACGCUGCACAGCUAUUUUCAGGUCUCUCCAGAA